AUGUUCCGCGCGUUGUCACACACCAGCAGAGCCGCUCUGCGACAGGCCGGAGCCCCCCGCCACUUCCGCACCUCUGUUGUCGUCAAGAACGAGGUCGAGGUUUUCGUGGAUGGCAAGUCUGUCAAGGUUGAGGCCGGAUCUGCCGUUAUUCAAGCUUGCGAGAAGGCCGGCGUUCACAUCCCCCGUUUCUGUUACCACGAGCGUCUCUCUGUCGCCGGAAACUGCAGAAUGUGCUUGGUUGAGGUCGAAAAGUCCCCCAAGCCCGUCGCUUCGUGCGCCUUCCCCGUCAUGCCUGGAAUGAAGAUCAAGACCGAUAGCAACAUCGUCAAGAAGGCCCGUGAGGGUGUCAUGGAGUUCCUUUUGGCCAACCAUCCCCUCGACUGCCCCAUUUGCGACCAAGGAGGAGAGUGUGAUCUCCAGGAUCAGUCCGUCCGCUACGGUUCGGAUCGUGGUCGUUUCUCCGAGGUUGUUGGUAAGCGUGCCGUCGAGGACAAGGACUUGGGACCUUUGAUCAAGACUACCAUGACCCGUUGCAUUCACUGCACCCGUUGCGUCCGUUUCGCCAACGAGGUCGCUGGUUUCCAGGAUCUCGGUACCUCCGGACGUGGUAACGACAUGCAGAUCGGAACUUAUAUCGAGAAGACCAUGAACUCUGAGAUGUCCGGAAACUUGGCUGAUGUUUGCCCCGUUGGAGCUCUUCUCUCCAAGCCUUACACUUUCAACGCCCGUCCCUGGGAGCUCAAGAACACCGAGUCGAUCGAUGUUCUCGACGCCCUCGGAUCCAACAUUCGCGUCGAUUCGCGCGGAGUCGAGGUCAUGCGUAUUCUCCCCCGCUUGAACGAGGAUAUUAACGAGGAGUGGAUUUCGGACAGAACUCGUUCCGCCUACGACGGUCUCAAGACCCAGCGUUUGACCACCCCCAUGAUCCGCAAGGGCGAUACCUUUGUCAACGUCAACUGGGCUGAUGCCCUUCAGAAGGUUGCCUCGGAGAUGAAGGCUGCUGGCCCCGGCAUCAAGGCCAUUGCUGGUCAGUUGGCCGAUGCCGAGUCCCUUGUCUCCCUUAAGGAUCUUGUCAACACUCUCGGAUCUGAGAACGUCACUGUCGACAACCGUCGCCAGGAUACACCUGCCCACGGUGCUGAUUUCCGCUCCAACUACUUGUUGAACUCGACCAUUGCCGGUAUUGAGCAGGCUGAUGCCCUUCUCUUGAUCGGAACCAACCCCCGUCAUGAGGCCGCCGUCAUGAACGCCCGUAUCCGCAAGUCUUUCGUCUACAAUGGUCUUAACAUCGGACUCGUUGGUGCCCCCGUCGACUUGACCUACGACUACGAUCACAUUGGUGCUGAUACAGCUUCACUCGAGGCCCUUGUCUCUGGCAAGCACGCCUUCUCUGAGCAGCUCGCUGCCGCCAAGAACCCCAUGAUCAUCAUCGGAAGCGGUGUCAACGACUUGCCCGACAGCGAGUACGUCUUCUCCUCGGUUUCCAAGAUCGUCAACCAGCACAAGGACAAGUUCUUCCAGGAGAACUGGAACGGAUACAACGUCCUUCAGCGUGCCGCUAGCAGAGCCGCUGCUUACGAUAUUGGAUUCGUUCCCCAGGCCAAGGAGACUGGAAAGACCUCGUUCGUCUACUUGCUCGAGGCUGAUGAGAUCUCUGCCUCUGAUAUUCCCAAGGAUGCCUUCGUUGUCUACCAGGGCCACCACGGAGAUGUCGGAGCUCAGUACGCCGAUGUGAUCUUGCCCGGAGCCACCUACACCGAGAAGAGCGCCACAUAUGUCAACACAGAGGGUCGUCCCCAGCAGACUCGCGCUGCCGUGCCACCACCUGGCGCUGCCCGUGAGGACUGGAAGAUUAUCCGUGCCAUCUCUGAGGUCGCUGGCGCUACCCUCCCAUACGACGAUGUUCACCAGGUCCGCGACCGUCUCCGUGACAUCGCCCCCUCAUUCGCCCACUACAAUGUUGUUGAGCCCAGCUCAGUGGCUGUUGCCUCGUUGGGACUCUCUACAUUGAACAAGACUGGGGCCAAGUCUGCCAAGUCUCUGUUGACCCCAGUGAUCUCUGACUACUACAUGACCGAUUCUAUUACCCGUGCCUCCUCAACAAUGGCCAAGUGCUCGGUUGCCUUCUCCAAGGGCACCCACCGCCCAGACGAGUCCGAGUUCAAGAUCGAGGCCCAUGCUUAA